AUGGGGUUUUUGGGUCAACUUUGGACGCUUGUGGCUGCGGCGGCCCUGGCGGUUGCUGCGCCAGCCAGACCGAUGCCGCGAGCUGUCUCGUCCGCAGUGCUGGGCGAGCUCACUCUGUUCGCCGAAUACGCCGCGGCUUCGUACUGCACAAACAAUAUCAACUCCACCGGCAACGCCGUGGCGUGCUCGGGGGAUUACUGCCCAUUGGUCCAACCUGACCUUUUCAGCUCGACGGACUUUGGCGACGUAGCGGGCUUCUUCGCCGUGGAUCCGACGAACAAACUACUGGUGCUGUCCUUCCGGGGCAGCCGUACCAUCAGCACCUGGAUUGCCAACCUGGAUUUCGGCGCAACUGACGCGAGCAGCCUCUGUGAUGGCUGCAAAGCUCACUCGGGAUUCUUGAAAUCUUGGGAGUCGGUCUCGGACGAACUGACCUCCCAGAUUGCGAGCGCAAAGUCGACAUAUCCCAGCUACACGCUGGUUCUGACGGGCCACAGCUUCGGUGCUGCUGUGGCUGCGCUCGGCGCGACUGCCCUGCGCAAUGCUGGAUAUGAUUUGGAUCUGUACACCUACGGCCAACCGCGCGUGGGCAGCACCGCGCUGGCCGAGUACAUGACGAACCAAGGCGUGUGGCGCGUCACGCAUACCAUGGAUCUCGUCCCUAGAUUGCCGCCAGCUUCGUGGGGCUUUUCCCAUGCCAGUCCGGAGUACUGGAUCACCAGUGGCAACGAUGUGACGGUGACGACCGGCGAUAUCACGGAGAUCGUAGGCGUGGGCUCGACUGCAGGCAACGCUGGGGCGAGCGGUACAAGCGUGGAGGCCCACAACUGGUACAUUGUGCAUAUCGAUGGUUGUCAAUAG